AUGAUCUCCGAUGAUGACCUCUACCGCCUCGCCAUCUUCCUUGGCUCCUGCGCCAUGAUGAUGAUCGUUUUAUACCACUUCCUCGACGUCAAUGCCAUCGAGGAGGACACCGCCGACACAGUGAGCCAGAAGGCUGAGGACUCUGCGCCGCUCGCGUCCACAGCCACCGCAGCCCAAAUGGCAAUUGUCAAUGUCAUGGCUUCAAUGCUUCUUCAGUAA